AUGGGGAAACGAAAGAGAGGCCGAAAGGACAGGCCCUUGACACACGAAGAAAUAUGGGACGACUCUGCAUUGAUAGAAUCCUGGGAAGCGGCUGCAGAGGAGUACAAGCUCUAUCACAGCAUUCAAGCAAAAGGGGAGAAUAUUGAAGAUGCUUUACGAGAUUAUGAAGCUAACGAGGCUGCAAAGGCGGCUGAAGAGGGGAAUGAGAUUGAUUACGGUGAUGACGAUGCUGCGAUUCAAGACGACGGCGCGAGCGCUCAUGACUUACGGCCUGGAGCGGCAGCUAGUGGAGAGGGCGGCGAAAUUAUGGAAGAAGGAGAACCAAAGGCAGCUCGCUCAUACGCAGCACAGGAGCCAGCGCCAAAGCGGCCGCGUCAGAACGAGACCCAAGGUGUUCCUGUAACUCAACCCGAAGCUAACCAAUCAAGCGGGGCGUUCACGAGCGUUCCGCAUAUGGUUCUGGGGACAGCUGACGCAUCCACCGCCCAGGAGGAUGAGAGUUUGAAGAACCUCAUGAUGGCUUGGUAUUUUGCCGGAUAUUAUACAGGGCUCUAUGAGGGCCAACGACGCGCAAACCCGCAGCCACCAACUUGACUCAUGUUAACUGUAUUUGGAAUCAGCGCUAUGGCUUUCAUGCCAACUUGAGUAAGUCGCUGAUAGAUUCAGGGUACCCGAGACACAAGCCGCACCGCGUGGGAGUGGCAAGUCCGAAAAGGGCAUUAUAUCUUAAUUGAAAUCCACUAUUGACUGCCGAAAGCGGGAGUGUUCAACCUGGCGAAGUGGCUUAGAGUUUCAUUUUGGGGAAAUGCCAUGCAUUGGCUGACUGACAUAUCGGCAUAUGGACUAUCCCGAGCCAAAUUAGUUCAAGCUCGAGCCCGAGCGUCUCUCUUUGAGCCCCAGAGGAUCUGCCGGCUCCCCAAAGCACAAUACCAAUUGUUCACUGGAGCCCAGUUUGACACCCUUAGUACCUGUCGAGCAAAUCUAGGCGCAAAAGGAUUUUGAUUGCGGAACUACUGUAUUUAAUUGGCAACAAUGCAUGGUAUAUCUUCUUUCCAGCCACGAUUUCGCUGCAAAAGCGCGAACAUGGCUUAUCGCGCUCACAACUGAAGACCCUCACCAACGUCAGAACUCUCGACGACAAUGUUCCAGCAUCUUGCCAAAUCCAAAAACAUCACAUCAAGCAAAGACUUUUUUGGCUGAAAGUGGGAC